GAGCGCGCUUCACUGAACCCGGUUUUAUUUUCACUUUUCCUUUGUUCCACUUUGUUUUUUUUUUGCUCUCUGUUCGGGUUUCGACAUGGAGAUGAAGAAGAGGAUCAGCCUGGAGCUGAGGAACAGAAAUCCAGCUAAGGUGGUGGAGCUGGUGGUGGAUAACUGUCGCUCAGGUGAUGGAGAGGUCGAAGGUCUGACGGGCGAGUACACAGAGCUGGAGAUCCUCAGCAUGGUGAACGUUGGCCUCGCUUCACUGUCCAAACUGCCCUCGCUGCCCAAACUACGCAAGCUGGAGGUGAGCGACAACACCAUCUCAGGAGGUUUGGACACGCUGGCUGAGAAAUGUCCCAACCUGAUGUACCUGAACCUGAGCGGGAACAAGAUCAAAGAGCUGAGCGCCAUCGAGGUUCUGCAGAACCUGAAGAACCUGAAGAGUCUGGACCUUUACAGCUGCGAGGUGUCCACGCUGGAGGACUACAGAGAGAGCGUCUUCGAGCUGCUGCCUCAGCUCACGUACCUGGACGGAUACGACCAGGAGGACAACGAGGUGCCCGACUCGGAGGCCGACCACGAUGAAGACGACGAGGGUGGGCCGCACGACGACGACGAUGAAGAUGAGGAUGACGAGGAAGGCUCUGAAGGGGACGACGACGAGGUCGGCCUGUCGUACUUGAUGAAGGAGGGGAUCCAGGACGAAGAAGACGACGGAGACUACGUUGAGGAAGAGGAGGAGGAAGAGGAGGAGGAAGAGGAAGAUGGAGAUGUGGACGCUGCGGCUGUUCAGGGGGAGAAGAGGAAGAGAGAUGCAGAGGAUGAAGGUGACGAUGAUGAUGAUGAUGAUGAAUGAUCACCUUCACACGCUGUAACACCCCCCCCUCCACACACACACACACACACACACAAACUCACACAGCCCUCUUCAGGUGACCUCUGACCCCGCCGGCCGACCGUCCACUCAGAGCCGCAGACAGACAGGAAACAACGUGGUCACGUGAUCAGAUCACAGCUGUCAACACGCAGUGUUCUGAUCGGACCACUGGGGGGCGGCAGAGACUGUACAGAGGCAGUUUGGGACAGGAACAGUUCCUGCUUCCUGUUUUCAGGCUUCAUGAAACAAACAGCUCCCAGAUCAGCGUGUCCAGCCUUUUUACCAGCUGUUACCAUAGCGACACAGUGUCAACACAUGAGCGCAGCGUGUUCACUGCUCCAUCAGUGUCACACAGGAUGCGUUCAGGUACCGUCAGUCACCAGAGUCUUAGUGACUCCUGCGUUGGAUUUAUUCUGGUCUUUGGUUCCUGCACAGCUCGCUGCGGUUCCACCUCAGCUCCAAGGCUGAGGAUGCUGAAACAGAAAGUGUGUGAACUCUUCACAUCAGUUUACCGACACUCGAAAAUGACCUGCGGUUUGGACGCAUCGUUUUAAUGAGUCUGCUCAGUUUGUGUGUUUAUCGUCCGGCCGUAGAACCUUUUCUGAGAUAUGAAGCAUCGUUACAGACGGUCGUCAUGACAGAAGUCUGUCCCGGUCCUCUGAACAUGAAACAGACCGCAGUCCCCUUCAGUCUGCUGUGUCCAAAGACUACACUACCCAUGAGCCUCUGCUGUUUCCAUCAAAGCUCUCCACAUCCAACAUCCAGAAGUGGGUUGAUCAAAUUAAGAGCGCGACGCUCUCUGAUUGGAUGACGACUCAUGUAAGGUGUGACCCCGCCCCCCUCGCCCGUCACCUGUCGGUCUGCGGCUCUCCGCGUCGGUCCGGCUCCUCCUGGUGUAUCUGGUCUGGUCUCUGGUCUGUGUAAAUAGAAGUGAACUGGUCUCUGUAGGUUUUUGUCGUGUCGUCUUUUUUCAGCCGAUCCUCCUCUGAGUUCACUGUAUUUUUUUAUUCCCGUCUUGUGAUUCGUGUCGCUGUGAGUGUUUUUCAAUAAAAACAACUGAAUUCUCAA